ACUGAGCUGCGUAAUCAUAGGACGCUACGUCAUCUCGGUGCGCUGGUUUCAGAGAGGAGGUGGCAGAUGUCUCUUCGGAACAACAGUCGUCUAGUUACGACCUAUUUUUGCUCUCCUACUGCUGAAUAGCAGCUGCUGGGAUGCCAAAGAAGUUCCAGGGCGAGAACUCCAAGGCGGCCACAGCCAGAGCUCGCAAGGCUGAGGCCAAGGCUGUGGCAGACGCCCGCAAGAAGCAGGAGGAAGAGGACGCCCUGUGGCAGGAAACUGACAAACAUGUACUCAAAAAAGAGCAGAGAAAGGAUGACAAGGAGAAGAGGAGGAUGGAACUCCUGGAGAGGAAAAAGGAAAACCAGCGACUUCUGGAUGAGGAGAACGCCAGGCUGAAAGGCAAAUCCCAGAAGGAGGCUGGGGCUGGAGGAAAAGUGACCCGUGCCCAGAUCGAGGAGACACUUCAGAAUGAGCAGCUGCAAGAGCAACAGCAGCAGCUCAAACCGAAAGAAAAGAGCCAGAUGGACAAUCCAAUAGAGGAGAACGUGAACAGAAUUAUCCCUGAUGAAGGAACAGUGGAAGCCAGAACAAUAGAAGAUGCCAUUGCUGUGCUCAGCACGGGGCCUGAGGACCUGGACCGCCACCCAGAGCGGAGGAUGAAAGCAGCAUUUCUUGCCUACGAGGAGACCAACAUGCCUCGCCUAAAAAAGGAGAACCCCAACAUGAGAUUGUCGCAGCUGAAGCAACAGUUGAAGAAAGAGUGGAUGAAGUCACCAGAGAACCCCCUGAACCAACGCUUUGCCACCUACAACUCAAAGUGAAUGCACUAUUUCCCCCUAUAAUGCCAUUUGAAAACUGUCUGCCUAUGCACACUGGAGACUUCAUUGGAAAAUUGAAUAAUUUCAUCUAAAAUGAGUUUUUCUGACGAGAACCUGCCCAGAAACAAUCUCUCCAGUACCAGAGGACUCUACUUUGUUAUUCGAGUCACUUGCAAGGAGAAGCUCAUUUCCCCCUAUCAACGUCACAAGUGAUCAUAAUGUCCGUGCACGUGGCCUCCAAUGGGGCAGCUCAGCUUCUAAUAAAUUUGAUUUCAUCUUUUUUUUUUUCUAGCACUUCUGGGGAGGUGGGGAAUCAGAUGCUUUGAGAGUAACUUAUUAAAGGCCAGCGUUCGAUCAUCAAUAUCUCUUGUUGCUUUUAAAUGCAAGACUUUUUCCUUGUUAGGAGGCACAUACUUGAAGUCACGUACUGAAGUCAAACGUUUUUUUCCCCUUCUGCUGUUGUGCAAUGCUUAUUCAGAAGAGAAGACGUUGGAGUUACUAUUCAUUUAAGGGGAAAGUUGACUGUAGUUUUGUGUCCAGGGUACACAAUAUUCAUCAGCCACCAGCAGAAUCAGGGUAAAUCUAAAAUAGCUGUGGCUGGACAUGACUUUAGGUUUUGGUAACUUUGGCAAGUGACUAACCAGUUUCUUCAAAUGAGCUGUUUCUUUUCUUAAAUAGCAGAACAGUUGGCUUUGAGCUUUGAAGCCACUGUCGCCAGUGGAUUAAGAGUCCUGCCUUGAAUAUACACAGAUACAAAGUGCAUUUUCUACCAAGAUAUCCUCAGUGUGUGACAUACAACAGCAAUGCCUAAACGUUUUAAAGAAAAACAUUUAUUUUAAUCUAAAACGCGCCAGGAUGGCCAAGUGGGUACUGAGAUUAACUGUGAUUGUGCAGGCUUAUUCCCCAUAUCAGUCUUUUUUCUUUUGUCUUGU